ACAGGUAACUUUUUAAGAUCAGGCAUUUGCGUAGUUACCUAUUUUCUUGGGGGCGGGGCCACGGGUGGACCUGAUGGACCCCGGCGGCACCGCCAUUUUGAAUCUUGCCUGAAGGAUCUACCGGCUUUUGGCGCCGCUGCAGCCGUCGCUGCGCGCGGUCGUUUCCAGCAGGAUGAAUGUGAUAGACCAUGUGCGGGACAUGGCAGCCGCGGGGCUGCACUCCAACGUGCGGCUUCUCAGCAGCUUGUUACUUACAAUGAGUAAUAAUAACCCUGAGUUGUUCUCCCCAUCUCAGAAGUACCAGCUUCUGGUGUAUCAUGCAGACUCACUCUUUCAUGAUAAGGAAUAUCGGAAUGCUGUGAGUAAGUACACUAUGGCUUUACAGCAGAAGAAAGCCCUGAGUAAAACUUCAAAAGUGAGGCCUUCAACUGGAAAUUCUGCAUCAACUCCACAAAGUCAGUGUCUUCCAUCAGAAAUAGAAGUGAAAUACAAAAUGGCUGAAUGUUAUACAAUGUUAAAACAAGAUAAAGAUGCCAUUGCUAUACUUGAUGGGAUCCCCUCGAGACAGAGAACUCCCAAAAUAAACAUGAUGCUGGCAAACCUGUAUAAGAAAGCUGGUCAGGAGCGUCCAUCUGUCACUAGCUACAAGGAAGUAUUGAGGCAGUGUCCACUAGCCCUGGAUGCCAUUCUAGGUUUGCUGUCCCUUUCUGUAAAAGGUGCAGAAGUGGCGUCGAUGACAAUGAAUGUUAUCCAGACAGUGCCUAACUUGGACUGGCUCUCUGUGUGGAUCAAGGCGUAUGCUUUCGUGCACACUGGUGACAACUCAAGGGCCAUCAACACCAUCUGUUCACUAGAGAAAAAGUCCUUAUUGCGAGAUAACGUGGACUUGCUGGGAAGCUUAGCAGAUCUGUACUUCAGAGCUGGAGACAGUAAGAACUCUGUCCUCAAGUUUGAGCAGGCUCAGAUGCUGGACCCCUACCUCAUAAAAGGGAUGGAUGUGUACGGCUACCUCCUGGCACGCGAAGGGCGGCUGGAGGAUGUGGAGAACCUUGGCUGCCGCCUUUUCAAUAUUUCUGAUCAGCAUGCAGAGCCUUGGGUGGUCUCUGGGUGUCAUAGUUUCUACAGCAAACGCUACUCUCGGGCUCUCUACUUAGGAGCCAAGGCCAUUCAGCUGAAUAGUAACAGCGUUCAAGCCUUGCUACUUAAAGGAGCAGCGCUUAGGAAUAUGGGCAGAGUCCAAGAAGCAAUAAUCCAUUUCCGAGAGGCCAUAAGACUUGCACCUUGUCGCUUAGAUUGUUAUGAAGGUCUCAUUGAGUGUUACUUAGCCUCUAACAGUAUCCGAGAAGCGAUGGUAAUGGCGAACAAUGUUUACAAAACUCUAGGUGCCAACGCACAGACUCUUACUCUUCUAGCCACUGUUUGUCUUGAAGACCCAGUCACACAAGAGAAAGCCAAAACUCUGUUAGAUAAAGCCCUCACCCAGAGGCCGGACUACAUUAAGGCUGUGGUGAAAAAAGCAGAACUACUUAGCAGGGAACAGAAAUAUGAAGAUGGAAUUGCCUUGCUGAGGAACGCAUUGGCUAAUCAGAGUGACUGUGUCCUGCACCGCAUCCUGGGAGAUUUCCUUGUAGCUGUCAAUGAGUAUCAGGAAGCCAUGGACCAGUACAGCAUAGCGCUGAGUUUGGACCCUAAUGACCAGAAGUCUCUAGAGGGCAUGCAGAAGAUGGAGAAGGAGGAGAGCCCCACGGAUGCCGCUCAGGAGGAAGACGUGGACGACAUGGAAGGGAGUGGGGAAGAGGGGGACUUGGAGGGCAGCGACAGUGAGGCGGCCCAGUGGGCUGACCAAGAGCAGUGGUUCGGCAUGCAGUGAGGGAGGACAGGGACUCUCGCACAUGUGGUGAGUGCUGGUGGCAGGCACCCUGUCCCUCUCUGAGCACUGGUCAGGACUUCAGUUGACCACCAGCAAGCCAGCCUGCCUUCCUCCAGCCAGGGAGGACCCAGGAGACUACAGCUGCAGCCUUGCCAGGCCAGGCCAGGCUAGGGGCCUGUGGCGCACUAACUGCCACACCCAGCACCUGGAGCGCUAGACGGUGGUUGUCUGUGAUGCAGAAGGGUCUGAAGGAGUGGCCCGCCUUCCCAGAGUGAGAGCUCACCUCCUGGGGACUGAGGCUUUCCUGCUCCCAGAAGUCAUCCUUCUGCGUGUCCCCUGGGGACCAGCUGCCUCCUGCAUUGGUACCAAUGCCUUAAGCCAGCGGAGUUUACCCUUCACCAUGCUGGCAUCUUGCCUUGACCUGGGCCAGCUUGAGACGUGGGCGUGACUCGUGCACCAAGGCACAUGGGGCAGUUAACUAAUAAAAGUGGUUUGUACAGUCA